UUCCCCUACUCUCAAAAACAAUCUUAAGAACCCCAUCUUUCCAAUUUGGACAGUAAAUUCAUAGAAAGAAAGGUGGUGGCCUAGAGAGAGCAGAACCAAAGAUCAGAGAAAGAAAUGACCUCAACUUCAGCUAUUUCAAUGACUAUGCCAUUAACUUCUGCAAGCCAAAAGAGGGCUCUUCCAAGCUCAGAGGCCUUCUUCAAUCCAUUGCAUGUGAGGGCAUCUAAGGCUAUGGUGGCGUCAAAAUCCAAUGGGAGGUUUCAAGUGAAGGCUUCACUGAAGGAGAAGGCAGUCACUGGAUUGACAGCAGCUGCACUCACUGCUUCCAUGGUGAUUCCAGAGGUGGCUGAAGCUGCUGGGCCUGGGGUUUCUCCAUCUCUCAAGAACUUAUUGCUCAGCAUUGUGGCUGGUGGGGUUGUGCUUGUUGCCCUUGUUGGUGCUGUGAUUGGAGUAGCCAAUUUCGACCCUGUCAAGCGGAGCUAAGGGAUAAAAAAAUUCUGAGAAUUCCGGAAAUUCUUUUUCCUCUUUAUGUUAUGUAUCUCUAUGAUGUUUCCAGUGAUAAUCUGUCUUCAAUUCUGUGUUUGUUUUGUCUGUCCUUUCACCCGAAACCUGUGAAUUCUGAAAUUUUCAAUUUCUAA